AUGGAAAUCCUGGGGCUGAUGCACCGCGUGAAGCCUGUGUUCGCGGUUGAAUCGGAUCGUGCUACACGGGACCUGUGCCAUCAUCUCUGGCAUCACGAGCACCUCUGGGAGGACUGUACGUCCUUGGACUUUCUGGAUUGGCGUCAUCCGAGCCUGGACUUUUUCAUGUCCGGGCCUCCUUGCCAGCCGUUCAGCCGGCAGGGGCUUGGGCUAGCUUUGGAGGAUGAAAGGUGCGCCCCGCUGCUGUCCACGCUGGUUUGGAUUGUGGAGAACCAGCCCGUCUGCUGGUUACUUGAAAACGUUGCUGGAUUGGUGGACCAUCACCCAGAGCUUUUUCAGUUCAUUCUUCACACGUUGAGGAAGAAUGCACAUGGACAGGAGGCCUAUGACGUUUCUUGGCGGGUGCUGGACAACCUCACGCAUGGCGGAGCACCCAACUCACGCAUCCGCGUGUUCAUUGCCGGCAUCCGUCUAGACCGCAGACGUGCUCCUGUAACUUGGCCGUGCGAGGUGGCGCCGCGUCCGCUGACGGACUUCCUAGAGGACACUGUGCCUGCUCGCAGGCCCGAGACACUGACUGGAGUCUGUGCUCGGAAACGCCAGCAGGCUUACAGCAAGAUCAGAGAACAAGGAGGCAACCCCCGUGUGGACCACUACGUUAUCAACAUUGGCUCGAUCACAGGCCACUUCCAGUUGGGUCGGGUGCCGUGUAUCACUAAGGCUGCAGGAAGUGGCAAGCGGUUUUAUUUGUCUUGGCUGGAGCGGCGCCUGACCGUGCGGGAGAUGCUGCUCCUGCAGGGACAAGACCCGGACCGCGUUUGCAACUUCGGCCUCAGCGACCACAAGAUUGGGCAGGUGGUCGGCAAUGGGGUGCCAGCUGUGCUGCUCUCACGCAUCAUCCGAGCCCUUUUCGUGGCUUCGGGCCUUCUCUAG